AAUGAUCAAAUUAAUAUCGCUCAUUUGUUUUAUCCAAAGUUUGUAUUUAAUAACAGAAAACACAACACACAAACCGCCGUUAUGUGAAGUUCCCCGUGUCCAGGACAACAAUGGCUAUCAGAGAAGAGAUGAUUGAUAGUUAAGGUUAAGAGCAAGGAACCUGCGGCUGAAUCAACGGUGAGGAGGACUUCUCUUCAUUGCCAUUCACCUUUAUCAUCCUCCUUCUACUUCCAUUCUUCAUACACACGGUCUGGAUCCGAGAUAGAAAGUCUUCAAAUGGUUGUCUUGACGCCUAUAAAACGUUAUCCGCAGGAGUGGUAAAGGUUGUCCUGGAUCCACGUGAUAAGCGCAGCAUUCAGGCUGUUGAGUCAGACCAGUGUCCUCCACCCAGCAGGAAGGUCUGGGGACUUCAGUGAGCCCUCAUGGAGCUCAGAUCGGUGUUCCUCCUUAAUUAUGCUUGAUCAUCUUCAGCUGUAUGGAAGUUUAAUUUCCAUGUAUAUAAUGUAAUUCAAGUUACUAGUUAGUAUUACUACUACUAGUAGUUGGUCAGUGAAGUCAAAGGUUUUUUUUAUAUGUAAUGCAGGCAUCAGUUGCACAAUGCACAAUGUCACAAUGACAUGUCAUGUGGUUGACAGUGAAAACUCGACCGAAACAUAUUUUUCAAAGUACGCAUCAAAAGAAACAAGCUAAUUAUGUCAACUUUUCAUUGGCUGAUCAAGUACAGAUCUAAAGGGAGACUUUCUAAUAAAAAAUAAAAGGAUAUCCCUCUUCUGAUCCAUCAAGGACCCUGAUUGAAAGGAACCAGUUGAACAAAGAUGGAUCUUGAGAUUAAAUUAACUGAUUCCAGAUUGAUUUUCAAAUGGAAUCAACGGUUUCCUCUUGAAGAUCACUCAGGAGUCUGUGGUUCUCCCCGUUGUAGUGGAGCGGUCCUAGUGGUGCUGGGAAAGGAUCCUCAACCGGACCGUUAUCCCGUCUCCCACCCCCAACUCCAUUUCCCAUCUCUUCCUUCCGCGGUUCGUUAACCGUGCCUGGCGACAGAUGAAAAAGAACAUGACAACAACAACAACAACAGCAAGAAGAAUAACAUGGGGUUUCAUGACAAAUAACUUGACAUGGUAAUAUUUGAAUCAUGUGUUUACUGGAAGUCCCGCCCUGUCUCUCGCCUCUAGCAGCUAAAUCCCUGUAACUCAAAGUCCCGCCCUCUCUCUCGGGAUAACGCUCAUUUGGGACUUCUUGUUCCAGGCGUUUGGUCGGAGAUGAGAACGCUGGGAACAAUGUUCUGAGUGGGGACAUCGUCACAGACAGGCUUAUGGCCGUCCUCGUCAGCAGCCUCCACCCAUGUCCUGAUCCCAGUCUCCACCCCCCUCCACCCCUCCCAUGGUGAGCUCAGCCCUCAGGGAGCCACUGGGCCACGGCCUUUGGAAUGGGCAGUCCAUUGUUAACUAGGAAACAAUGGAAAUCAGAGGGAGAGGGAGGGAGAGAGAGAGGGGGGGAGAGAGAGAGAGAGAGAGAGAGAGCAGGUGUACUCCUACCUGGGUGGAGAGAAAUACCCAACCCGAUUUGCCAUAAAUCACACCAAACCGAGCUGGAAGCUCAGAGACAGAGCUGAUACACACAGUCUGCCUCUGUCUGUUGGUCUCCCUCUGUCCCUCUGUCUGUUCCUCUGUCUGUCCCUCUGUCCUCCUGUGAGUCCAUCCUAGCGUCAGCACAGAGGUGAGCCACCAGGACCUUCUUCGUCCAUCAAAGUCCGGCGGGAUGGCUGACCCAGCUCCAAACCUUUUUCCCAACGUAAGCCGCAAACCAGGUCUGCAGAUAUGGACCAUCAACAACAUGGAAAUGGUUCCUGUUCCGCCUCAGGGCUAUGGGAACUUCUUCGAGGGAGACUGCUACCUGGUGCUCUACCGCUCGGCGGGCGGGGCGGCUGACAUCCACUACUGGAUCGGGGGCUCCUCCUCCCAAGACGAGCAGGGGGCUGCGGCCAUCCUGGUGACCCAGCUGGACGAGAGCCUGGGGGGCAGCCCGGUGCAGCACCGCCAGGUCCAGGGGGCCGAGUCCCCCUCCUUCAGGAGCUACUUCAAGAACGGCCUCAUCUACAAGAAGGGUGGGGUGGCGUCCGGGUUCCAGCACGUGGAGACCAACUGCUACAGCGUCCUGCGCCUGCUGCGUGUCAAGGGACGCAAGAACGUCACGGCGACGGAGGUGGACGUGUCUUGGAACAGCUUCAACAAAGGGGACAUCUUCCUGUUGGACAUGGGGAAGAACAUCAUCCAGUGGAACGGGCACCAGAGCAACCGCAGAGAGAAGCUCAAGGCGGUCCUGUUGGCACAGGACAUCCGGGACCGGGAGCGGGGGGGCCGGGCCCAGAUCAACGUGGUUGAGGGGUCAGACGAGGAAGACUCUCCGGAGCUGAUGAAGACCAUGAUGGCGGUGCUGGGCCAGAGGACUGGCCAGAUGAAAGACGCUGUUCCGGACGACAGCCGCAACAAAGCGCAGCACCAAAGCGUGAAGCUCUACCAUGUGACGGACAACAGCGGCAAGCUGGUGGUCCAGGAGGUGGCAUCCCAGCCCCUCACCCAGGACCUCCUGCACUCCACAGACUGCUACCUGGUGGACCAGGGCGGCUCCAGCCUGCUGGUGUGGAAGGGCCGCCAGGCGUCCCCGGUGGAGCGCCGCUCCGCCCUCAGCAGUGCGGUGGGCUUUAUCAAAGCCAAAAGCUACCCAGCCACCACCAACGUGGAGGUGAUGAGUGAGGGAGCCGAGUCGGCUAUCUUUAAACACCUGUUCCAGUCCUGGAGGGAGACCAACCAGACCAUGGGCCUCGGCAGCACCUACACCAAGGGGAGAAUAGCCAAAGUGGAGCAGGUGAAGUUCAACGUGAUGGAGCUCCACGCUCGCCCUGAACUGGCUGCACAGCAGCGCAUGGUUGACGACGCUUCAGGAGACGUGAAGAUCUGGCGCAUUGAAAAUGUGGAGCUGGCCGAGGUGAAGCCCAGCAGCUACGGACAGUUCUACGGAGGGGACUGCUACCUGGUGCUCUACUCCUACCGGAUGUCCAGCAGGCAGCACUAUAUCCUGUACAUGUGGCAGGGCCGCCACGCCACCCGGGACGAGGUGACAGCGUGUGCCUUCCAGGCGGUGAACGUGGACAACAGCCUCCAGGGGGCGGCCGUCCAGGUCAGGGUGGUCAUGGGCAAGGAGCCGCGACACUUCCUGGCCAUCUUCAAAGGGAAGCUCAUCUUGUUCGAGGGUGGGACGGGCCGGCCGGGCGUGGCGCCCCCCAGCACGGACACGCGUCUCUUCCAGGUGCGCGGGACCAGCGAGCUGAACACCAAGGCCACCGAGGUGCCGGCGCGCGCCUCCUCCCUCAACACCAACGACGUGUUUCUGCUAAAGACCCCCGCCACCAGCUACCUGUGGUAUGGCAAGGGCUGCAGCGGAGAUGAGCGCCUGAUGGGCAGAGCCAUGUCCGACGUGCUCUCCAAGGAGGACAAGCAGGUGGUGAUGGAGGAUCAGGAGCCAGCCGAAUUCUGGGUCGCUCUGGGGGGAAAGGCCCCGUACGCCAGGGACAAGAGGCUGCAGAAGGAGGUGCCUCUCCACGCCCCCCGGCUGUUUGAGUGCUCCAAUCAGACGGGCCGCUUCCAGAUGGAGGAGGUGUACGACUUCACACAGACGGACCUGGACGAGGAGGACGUCAUGCUGCUGGACACCUGGGAGGAGGUCUUCCUGUGGAUCGGCAGCUCGGCCAAUCAGCACGAGACCCAGGAGGCCGUCAACAGCGCUCUUGAUUACCUGAGAACCCACCCGGCGGGACGCGACCUUGACACGCCCCUCAUCUCUGUCAAGCAGGGCUACGAACCCCCCACCUUCACCGGCUGGUUCAACGCCUGGGACCCCCACAAGUGGAGCGGAGGGAACUCCUAUGAGCAGAUGAAGAAGGAGCUGAGUGAUGCAGGGUCUCCGUCUGUGAUCACUGUCGACCUCAACAAAGCCAAUCUCAGUAAGAACCCUGUUGGGUUCACAAACGGGAAUGGGGGCUCGUCAUACAGCGCCCAGGGGGGCCCAGUAGGUACCCCUCCAGGUUACAUGACCCAAGGGGGAAGGCUGUCCCCAAGAGCCUCCAGUCCGGCCAACCCAUCCAGCCCAUCCAGUCAGAGGGCCAAGUCCAGCCUCUCUAUGAACCUAUCCCCGGGCUCACGGCCAGGGUCAGUGUAUGGGACAGGGGCUGUUUCAGGGUACGGGUCAGGGCAAGGGUCAGGGCAAGGUUCAGGGUAUGGGACCAGGGUUGUAUCAGGAUCAGGGCAAGGAUCAGGGGUUGUUGCCGGAUACGGGUUAGCGCAAGGAUCAGAGCUAGGGUCAGGGUACGGGUCAGGGUCUGUUUCAGGGCAGGGGUCAGGGAAUAUGUCAGGGCAGGGGUCAGGGUACAGGACAGAGGUUAGUUCAGGGUUCAGUUCAGGAAAUGGAUCAGGGAUUGGGUCAGAGAUUGGGACAGGGACAGGACCAGGGUAUGGCUCAGGGCCUGGUAACGGAUCAGGGCCAGGUUUUGGAUCAGGGGCUGGAACAGGGCCAGGGUAUGGAUCAGGGGUUGUGUCAGGGAACAGGUCAGGCAGCGACGCCCCCCAAUCCCCCACCUCAGCAGGCAGCACGAUGUUCUCCUGCUACUCCAGGGGCUCGAACUGGGACCCUCAGGGAGAGGAGUCCUCUGGGGUCUCCCAGCACCACAUGGCCCCUGAGCACCUGAUCAACCGGCAGCCGGAGGAGAUGCCCAAUGGAGUGGACCCCAGGCAGAAAGAGAUGUACCUCUCCGAUGUGGACUUCGAAAACCUGUUGGGCACCAACCGCGCUGACUUCCUACGCCUGCCAGCAUGGCGUCAGAGCGACUUGAAGAAGAAGGCGGGGCUUGUUUAGACAGGAGGCGAUUGGUUGCACAGUGGGUUGGUGUAAAAGGAAAACCCCCGAGCUUAGUAUAGCAGUUAGCUUUAUGAACAAACUCCAGUUCCCUAGAUUAGAAUAGAUGUAUGUUGGGUCGAACCAGGUCAUUCAGAAAGCAGAUUCCCUUCAUGAUCUAGAAUAUUAGCUUUGUUAGAAAUAUUGGCAUUGCAUCUAAUUGUUUUCUACUAAAACUGAUUUUUAUUAUACAAAUCGUAAAGAACAGAUGAGUUAACAAUUUUAGUAUAAAAAAAUAGCGCAUGAUCAAUAAUCUACUAUUAGUGGCCUAUAACCUAGAAUCACUCCUAUAAAUACCAGCCAGUAAACAUUUAAAUAACCUGUUGAAUAAUCAAGUUGUGGUACAUAUUCUGUUGUCAAAAACAUGUAUAGUAAACAAACUGUUGAUCAGAA